CCUUACUAUACACCCGCUAAUUCAUAAACGAGAAGCACAGUUGGGGUUACGGGGUUAGAGGAAACAAGUGCAUUUGGUAAUUUUAAGUGUGUGUGGGAAAGGGAGAGCGUCUUCAGCCAUGAGUAAUCCUUAUAUACACAUCGUUGAACCUUUGGAUCCCCAGAAUCCUGACAAUAAGUUUUUCAAUCUCACAAAGCUUGGAGACCCCAGAUAUGAACACCUUCCCUUCUCCAUUCGUGUGCUACUGGAGUCGGCAGUAAGGAACUGUGAUGAAUUCCUGGUGAAAAAGACGGAUGUGGAGAACAUUCUCAACUGGAAAGAGACUCAGACCCAGACCGUGGAAGUGCCCUUCAAACCGGCCCGCGUCAUCCUGCAGGACUUCACUGGGGUUCCUGCCGUGGUGGACUUUGCAGCGAUGCGUGACGCUGUGAAGAAUCUGGGUGGAGACCCAGAGAAGAUCAACCCUGUCUGCCCAGCCGAUCUUGUCAUAGAUCAUUCCAUUCAGGUGGACUUCAACAGGAAGUCUGACAGCCUCCAGAAAAACCAGGACCUAGAGUUUGAGCGAAACAAAGAGCGAUUUCAGUUUUUAAAGUGGGGUUCUAAAGCAUUCCGGAACAUGCGAAUCAUUCCGCCGGGCUCGGGGAUCGUGCAUCAGGUCAACCUGGAGUACCUGGCCAGGGUUGUGUUUGACCAAGAUGGCUUUUACUAUCCUGACAGCCUAGUGGGCACUGACUCCCACACAACCAUGAUAGAUGGCCUGGGAGUCCUGGGGUGGGGUGUGGGUGGCAUUGAAGCAGAGGCUGUUAUGCUGGGACAGCCAAUCAGCAUGGUGCUCCCAGAGGUCAUAGGUUACAGACUCCAUGGAACUCCAGACAAGCUCAUCACCUCCACCGACAUUGUCCUCACCGUCACCAAGCACCUGCGUCAGGUUGGCGUGGUGGGGAAAUUUGUGGAGUUCUUUGGUCCUGGAGUAGCCCAGCUGUCUAUCGCUGAUCGUGCCACCAUUGCUAACAUGUGCCCUGAGUAUGGAGCCACAGCUGCCUUCUUCCCUGUGGAUCACAUCAGCGUACAAUACCUGGAGCAGACAGGAAGAGAUGCUGAAAAGCUACACUACAUCGCCCAGUAUCUCAAAGCCGUAGGGAUGUUCAGAGAUUACGGCAACGAGAGCCAGGAUCCUGAUUUUACACAGGUGGUUGAAUUAGACCUCAGCACAGUGGUCCCUUGCUGCAGUGGUCCCAAGAGACCUCAUGACAGGGUAGCUAUAGCGGAAAUGAAGAAGGACUUUGAAACGUGUUUAGGGGCAAAGCAAGGCUUCAAGGGUUUCCAGGUGGCCCCUGAACAUCAUAACGUGUCUGUGCCAUUUGAGUAUAACGGAGUCAAGUACUCCCUCUCUCACGGCUCUGUAGUCAUAGCCGCCAUCACCAGCUGCACCAACACAAGCAAUCCCUCCGUAAUGCUGGGAGCAGGUCUCCUGGCGAAGAAGGCCAUCGAACAUGGCUUGACUGUAAAACCUUAUAUAAAAACCAGUCUGUCCCCUGGCAGUGGAGUGGUCACCUACUACCUUAAGGAGAGUGGAGUCAUGGACUACCUCUCUCAGUUAGGUUUUGAAGUGGUGGGUUAUGGAUGUAUGACUUGUAUUGGCAACAGUGGUCCAAUCCCUGAGCCAGUAGUAGAAGCCAUCACCCAGGGUGAUCUCGUGGCUGCCGGCAUCUUGUCUGGUAACAGGAACUUCGAGGGUCGUGUCCACCCCAACACGCGUGCCAACUACCUUGCCUCUCCUCCGCUAGUCAUCGCCUAUGCCAUUGCUGGAACGGUGCGGAUAGACUUCGAGAAGGAGCCCAUUGCGGUGAACAGUGAGGGGAAAGAAGUUUUCCUGAAGGACAUCUGGCCCACAAGGGAAGAGAUCCAGGCCGUGGAGAGACAGUUUGUCAUCCCUGCCAUGUUUAAAGAGGUCUAUGAGAAAGUGGAGAGAGUGAACGAGCGCUGGAACUCCCUUGUCGCCCCUUCUGAUAAACUCUACACAUGGGACCCCAAAUCCACAUACAUCAAGUCCCCUCCAUUCUUUGAUGGGCUGACCAGAGAGCUGAAGCCACCGCAGUCCAUAACAGACGCUUCCGUGCUACUCAACCUCGGUGACUCUGUAACCACAGAUCACAUUUCCCCUGCCGGGAACAUUGCUCGCAACAGUCCUGCUGCGCGAUACCUUACCAGCCGAGAUCUGACCCCUCGAGAGUUCAACUCCUACGGCUCUCGCCGAGGGAACGACGCGGUCAUGGCUCGUGGCACCUUUGCCAACAUCCGCCUCUUCAACAAGUUUCUCAAUAAACAGGCUCCACGUACUAUCUUCCUGCCCACGGAGGAGACGAUGGAUGUAUUUGAUGCAGCAGAGAAGUACCAGCAGGCUGGUCACCCUCUACUGAUAUUGGCUGGUAAAGAGUAUGGCUCAGGCAGCUCCAGAGACUGGGCAGCUAAAGGACCCUUCCUACUGGGCAUCAAGGCGGUGUUGGCAGAGAGCUACGAGCGCAUUCAUCGCAGUAACCUCGUCGGCAUGGGCGUCAUUCCCCUCGAGUACCUGCCCGGCCAGACGGCCGACACCCUGGGCCUGACGGGACGCGAACGUUACACCGUGAUCAUCCCCCCUCAGCUAACUCCCAGGAUGAUCGUUGACGUUAAGCUGGACACAGGGAAAACAUUCCAGGCAAGGAUGCGAUUCGACACUGACGUGGAACUGACUUACUUCCAUCACGGUGGCAUCCUCAACUACAUGAUCCGUAAGAUGUCUGAAAAUUAGUGAUGUGGAUAAAAGAGGCGCUUCGCCGGGAAGUGGCCACACAAAACGCACAAAGCCUCCAUCUGGAGACUGAAUUGCUUUUUUUUUUUUCUGUCUUUUUUUUUUUUUUCUCUCCUCCCUUUCGCAGAAGAGCAAAUGUAUGUCUCCCUUGUGCAUUGUCCUUCAUAUUAGUCAGAGAGACAAACCUGGGCUAAGUACACGCUAAUGAAAGGAUUGCUGAUAUAUUAAUACAUUUGUCAGUGAGCUUCAACGAUUAAUCCACAAAUCACUCAUAUAUCAAAUAUCUUCACUUAAAAUACUUUAAAUAUGUACUUGACCAGUUUGCAUUUGGUGUAGUGAUGGUCAUUUUAGUUUGUCAUAUACUUGGUCUACCACGGCUGACAUUGCUACAACAAAUUGACCCAGAAGUCUAAUUGCUUACCCUACCUCACUUUUGCCAAAUCCUGAUCUAAUGUUUAAUUCUCGAUGUCUUUAAUCUUUCUAUAGUGCAAACACACUUCAAAUUUCUUCGUCUUGCUUUCAUCACUGUUGGAAUAUGGAAUAAAAUCAUAAAACAUAAAGACAUAGUUAAAGAGCAUUAAAAACUCAAGAGUACACAAGUGUAGUGUCAGGUUAUCUUGACUUUUUUUAGACUGUGCUGCCUCUAUGCAAAAGUCAUUUUUUUACUCUGCUCCAUAAUGGAAUACAACGUAAAUAAUGUGUGUCAGCAAAGGGCAAAUAUUAUCAGUUACUUAAAGCAAAAUUUCUAUAUUUGACAUCUGUGUAACACUUGAUUUUCUAGAUAUGGCAAAUUUACAAUAUUUUGACCAGAAUGCUCCAAGACAUUCAGCGGUGAAAUGAUAAUGAAAAGGACGUUCACCUGGAUGUCUUUUUAAAUGCUUGAAAUUCACAACACACACAUACAGUUAAUUUUUUUUUUUUUUGAAUUAAGAUAUUCUCAGUAUCUCUAGGAGACAGCUUCUUGAAAGUGCCUACAUUUUCACAUUGACAGUUAAAUUCAGUUAUUUUAGGGAAACGACUGAAGCAAUUUCAUUACCGUGGUUUCUGUAAUUGUACGUAUCUGCCUUUACCUGUGUGUCUGUUAUGUGGUGAUAUGAUUAAAUUAAAUUUCAUCAUUCCUCUUACACAAAGAUAA